UCAGAGGCACUGCAGCGCAGCGGCCAGACCGCGUCGCUGGCCCGGCAGGAGGCGGCAGCGUCACUGGAUGCAGCCCGAGCUGACCUGCGAACAGCGACGCAGCAGGCGGCUGCCUACCGGGAACAGCUUGAGCUGCGAAAUAACGAGAUCAGGGAGUUGAACGCCAUGCUGCAAGCCUGGGAGGCACUACGGCUGGGCAAGGACGCCCAGAUCUCGGCGCUCAUGGAGCGGUGCAAGCGACACGAGGAGGACGCGGCGGAGAAGGCACGCACCGUGGAGGCGCUGCGCCGAAAGCUGCAGGCGUUCAACGGUGUAACAGGGCGUGUAUCCCUCAGCGGAGCACAGUCCGGCGGCAGUCCGAGCGGCUCCGUUGUCACGCCUCACAUGGCCAACCAGCAACAAUCGCAGUCGAGGCCCAUGUCAGGGACUAGCGGCACCUUGGGUGGUUCUCGUCACAUCCAUGUUCAUAUGCAUGGGCCGGCGGUGUCACCCUCUGUAUCCGGGGUUUCUGGCACAGGAUCAAACAUUGCACGCUAACGAUCGGGGUAUUAGUAAUGCGUACCGUAUUCGCUUGCUAGGUGUUGCUUGUAUUGGUAGAUGUUGCUGAAUGCCUGUGAAUUUGCGAAGAACUAUUCACGAUGUCCGUCGCCGGCAAAUCUGGAGAUCAAUUUCCGCAGUUUGGGGCU